AUGCCCCUUCUUUGCCAUUACGCUAUCAUCUACCCCUCCACAUAAUUCCAGAGCAGCUAUCGGGUGCUAGGGUUUCCAUCCCACCGUUGAAGCCGUCGAUUGCCUCUUCCUCUCAGCUCCGGCGACGCUGGAUUUCGGUGGAUACGCAUCUCACCAAGACCUUCACCGAGUGUAUCGCAACCCCAAGGUGCAGCUUUAGUUUGCUUGGCCAGAUAUUGCCCUGUGUGGCUGUUGCGUCGCAUUCGCAAAAGAGUUACAUAUAGCUACGCUACGCCUGUCGGAUCGGCGGAGAAGGGACACGAACCAACCACCGGUGGCAGCCCAAAUUUCACCUGCUGCGGAAACCCUAUUUUCAAAUUUGGUGUUUGAGGUGAACAAAAGUGUGAAAGUGCUGCUAAAUGGGAAUAAUAGCUGGAAGGAUUCUAUUGAAAUAAAAUUAUUUUGACGAGGUGCAUGUUAACUCUACUUUGAUGCUGCUAUCGUGUUAGUCUGCUGGGUGAAAGCUGAUGAAUGAGGGCUCCAAUGCAGAGCUUAUUAUAUUAGACUAAGAGGAGUCUAUAUUUCCUUAAGAAUUUUGGUUGGAGAAAGGAACUACAUAUGGCUAGUCAGCUGGCUGGUGAGCCAUCCUCCUUUGCAUCUGAUGGAAAUUUUAAGGUUACUCAGGAGAAAGCAGAAGAAUCUGGUGAGCAAUGGUAUUUUUCAAGGAAGGAACUAGAAGAGAACUCUCCAUCUAGACAGAAUGGCAUUGAUUUGAAGAAAGAGAAUUACCUGCGCAAAUCAUAUUGCACAUUUUUACAAGAUUUAGGCAUGCGGCUCAAAGUGCCUCAGGUGACAAUUGCUACCGCAAUUAUAUUUUGUCAUCGCUUCUUCCUUCGUCAGUCCCAUGCUAAAAAUGAUAGAAGGACCAUUGCCACAGUAUGCAUGUUUUUAGCGGGUAAGGUUGAAGAAACUCCUCGUCCUCUAAAAGAUGUAAUUCUGGUGUCAUAUGAGAUUACUCACAAAAAAGAUCCUGCUGCUGUGCAAAGGAUCAAGCAGAAGGAGGUGUAUGAGCAACAAAAGGAACUUACUCUGUUGGGAGAAAGGGUUGUUCUUGGAACACUUGGUUAUGAUCUCAACGUACACCAUCCUUAUAAACCCCUUGUUGAGGCAAUUAAAAAAUUCAAGGUGGCACAAAAUGCCCUAGCGCAAGUUGCAUGGAACUUUGUAAAUGAUGGGCUUCGGACAUCUCUGUGCCUGCAGUUUAAGCCGCACCACAUUGCAGCAGGUGCCAUUUUCCUUGCUGCCAAGUUUCUCAAAGUAAAGCUUCCAUCUGAUGGUGAGAAGGUUUGGUGGCAGGAGUUUGAUGUCACCCCACGCCAAUUAGAGGAGGUUAGCAACCAGAUGCUGGAGUUGUAUGAACAAAACAGAGUGCCACCAUCACAUGCUAGUGAAGCAGAGGGAAGUGCUGGAGACAGUCAACGACCUCCAUCUAAAGCUCUAGCCAAUGAAGAACAUGGUACUGGUUAUAAUUCCUUCCAUGGUGGAGCUACUUCAAAGAUGUCCGUGAAGGCAGCACCAUCAAGGCCAGGCUUAGAUGGUCAUCAUAAUCGAAGUGGACCUCCUGGAGUUAAUCAAACAAGGUAUAAUGAACAUGGAAGUUCUGAAAAUAAUAGUAUUUCAGACCAUCAGGGAGAAGAUGAAAUUCAUGAGCGAGAGGCCAUGACACAGCAAGGGAACUCAGGGGAUACUGAGAAUAAAGGGCAUGGAGAUGAAGAUCAGGAAACGGAUGCGGUUGAACCGAAGGAUAAAUAUCAUGGAAAAAAUGUGUCUAACAUUGAUGAUUCAGCUGGCCAGUUCCCUCAAGGUUCAACUAAAAAGCAUGACAUGGAGAAGCUUAGAGCUACCUUCGUUGAAAAAAGAAGGAAAGCUCAAGGGGAUGUAACUCAUAAAAUAGAUCCCCUGGAUGAGCUUGAGAGGGAACUGGAAGACGUGGAAGUACCAGGCGACAGCGACAAGACUAAGCGCGAAAGAAAGCAGAGCUGGCCCAAGCCUUCAAGGCCAGAGCAUGAGAACGCUCAGAGCACCAAAUACAACAAUGAGGCUGGAGCCACAGAUUUACCUCAAAUGAAAGGUCAAUCCUCACAUGAAGAUGAUUUUGAUACUGUUGAAGAAGGGGAAGUUGAACCAUCUGAUGAGGCUGACCGGGAAUAUCAGUCACCUAGGUCAAUCCGCAAGAGGAAGCCUGGUAGCCCCCUGGAUAGGAAUGGUUUGGGGAGGCAUGAGUAUUCAGAAAGAGACCACAAACGGCAUUUGCAGGAAAACCAUGUAUGAGAAGAACUGCAUAAUUGUUUAUGCAUGUUUGAGGUGCGGUGGCUGAAUUCUUCUCCAUAUAGUCACUCAAGCCAUAAAAUAGAAGAAAUUUAUUGACGGCUUGAACAGGCAAUCAGCCUACUUAGAUGAAGAUGAUGGCGCCUGAAUAUUCUUAGGUGGUUGUUUGACCAGCUCUUGCAUUUGGAUUUCCUUUUUCCGCUCAUAUCCCAAAUUAUAUGUUGAGGAACCACUAAACCAGGUAAGAUGAUCCAAUAAGUACAUUUAUCAUAACUCGUGCGGACAGAGAAAUAGAGAAGUUUUGCUGCAUUUCUUGUUAACUAGUGGACCUCUUAAAAUUCAAAACUCAGUAGACUUAUCUUGCUAUAUGAGCUGCAGUUAGUAAUGUUUGAAAUUGGAUUCUGCU